AUGGAGAACAUGAUGCAGGGCAAUAAGAUCAGACGAGUUGCAGCUACUCGCAUGAAUGAGAGGUCAUCUCGAUCACACACGAUUUUCCGGAUUAUUCUGGAGUCGAAAGAUGCCAAUCAGAAAGAUGGACCUGUACAUAUAAGCUACCUUAACUUAAUGGACUUAGCUGGUUCUGAGAGAGUUUCUCUGACGAAAGCUGCUGGUGAGCGUCUUAAAGAGGGGGCUAACAUAAACAAAUCUUUGUCAGUAUUAGGAAAUGUGAUAAGGCAACUAAGCGAGGGGAAGGAGUUUAUCAGUUAUCGCGAUUCGAAAUUGACUAGACUGCUCUCACAGGCUCUUGGCGGUAAUGCCAAAUCAUUGAUUAUCGGGAAUAUCAGACCAAUGAUCCACCGCGAAGUAGCCGAUGGUCUAGAGCGUCUUUGGAACGUAAGAGUAAACUGCAUAUGGGAAGCCGAUGAAAGUAGUCGCCAUGGAGAGGUUUAUAUAUUCGACCAUGUAUUUAAGCAGGAAUGUACAAAUUCAGAUGUAUAUGGAUCUGUAGUAAAACCUUUAGUCGAUUCCUUCAUGGAAGGUUUCAAUGCCACAAUAUUUGCAUAUGGCCAAACAUCUUCUGGCAAAACACACACCAUUUUGGGCAAUAAAACAGAUCCUGGGCUUUUCCAAUUAGUAUCCAAUCAGUUAUUCCAGCAUGUGGCAGACCAGGUUGAUAAGAGGUACUUGAUUAGAUGCAGUUAUAUUGAAAUCUACAAUGAAAAGAUCAAUGACCUCCUGGAUAAGAGCAAUCAGGGUUUAACUAUAAGAGAAGAUAUCAAAGGAAAUGUGCUGCUUGAUGCAAGGGAAGCUGUCGUAGACAAUGUUGAUAAAGUUAUGGAGAACAUGAUGCAGGGCAAUAAGAUCAGACGAGUUGCAGCUACUCGCAUGAAUGAGAGGUCAUCUCGAUCACACACGAUUUUCCGGAUUAUUCUGGAGUCGAAAGAUGCCAAUCAGAAGAUGGACCUGUACAUAUAA